AUGGAGAUACUCGACAAAAUGUAUACAUUAAUCCCGACGCGUGGGCUAAAAUGUGACGGAUGCAAUCUUGGUAAAAACUACCAUAGUGAUGGUUAUCGUUGCUUUCAUUCUGGACUCUUCUUUCAUAAAGAGUGUGCCAAUUCCGAUCUAGAGAUUAGCAACCAGUAUCAUCCCCAACAUUCUUUAUACUUCAAAGCGGUUCCAAAAAAUGAAGGCGUCUAUGGCGAAUGCAAGAUUUGUAGAGGUAACUUGCCAAAAUUGUACUACUAUUGUUCAAUAUGUGAUUUUUCCAUCGAUUUGAUAUGCGCAAAAAAGGAAGUUAUCAUAACAAUUGAGGAUGUAAAGACUCACGAACAUUGUUUAACCCUUGUCCCAAAGAUGGUUAUGUUUACUUGUCAUAUAUGUGGACUGCUUGAUGAUCGGUUCCCUUAUGCAUGUGAGUUAUGCAAAUUGAGUUUUCACAGAGAUUGUGCAGAAUCAAUAGCAGAGGUCAACUAUUCUUGUCAUCCUAAACAUAUUCUUAAGCGCCUCACACAUGUUUCCAGUUACACUAAUGAAAAAUGUUGUUUGUGUAGAACUAACCUUAAUAACCUUUUUUAUCACUGUUACGUUUGCAAUUUUAGUGUGGAUAUCAAUUGUGCAAAGAAUCCACCACCUUUCACUCUUGUCCAUCCUAAGGCUCAUGAGCAUUCACUCACUCUUAUGCCGCAACGAAAAUUUCUUUGUAAUGCUUGUGGAAUAGAGGACGACCCAAAUCCGUAUGUAUGUCUUCCAUGCAAUUUUAUGAUCCAUAAAAAUUGUAUUGAUAUGCCACGCGUCAUAAAGAUCAAUCGUCAUAAUCACCGUAUUUAUUACAAAAGCUUCCUAGAUAUGGGAGAUUGGAAAUGUGGAGUGUGUCAUAAAAAGAUGACAUGGACAUUUGGGGCUUAUUCUUGUUCAAAAUGUCCAGAUCUUGCUUUUCAUUUGAGAUGUGCCACAAAGUUCGGAAUUUGGGAUGGAAUUGAACUUGAAGAUAUAUCAGAAAAUAGUUCAGAGGUUAAAUCAUAUGAGAUGAUUGAGGAAGGAGUAAUAACACAUUUCAGUCACACCGAUCAUACUUUAAAGCUCAAAGAAAAGAGUGAGGCAAAUGAUAAAUACAUGUGGUGUAAAGCAUGCUUUUAUCCCAUAUUUCUUAAUCCAUUCUACAUUUGCACAAAAUGUGAUGAUUUCAUCCUUCAUAAAAAAUGUGCGUUUCUCCCCCAGAAAAAGAUAGAUUCUUUCUACAAGAUGUCGAUUACUCUAAUCACAAGACCUGAUUGGAAUGACCGAAUAUAUGUUUGCAGUGCUUGUCAAUACAUUUUUCAAGGUUUUCAUUAUAAGAGUGAUGAUGGUAAUAUUAUUCUCGAUGUGCGAUGUGGUUCAAUUUCAGAUUCGUUUGCUCAUGAGAGUCAUCCACUUCAUUCGUUAUACAUAAACUACUCAACAGAAGAAAAAAUUUGUAACGCUUGUGGAGAUAAGACAACUAUGGUUUUAAGUUGCGAAGACUGUGGAUAUUAUUUAGAUAUUAAAUGUUCUAUUUUGCCAAAAAUGGUCAAACACAAAAAUGACAUAGAUCAUUUUCUAUUUUUAUGCUAUGGAGAAAAAACACGUGAACAAUAUUGGUGCGAGAUAUGCGAGGAAGAACUAGAUUCAGAGCAAUGGUUUUAUUUAUGUGAACAUUGUGGCCUCACUUUUCAUAUAAAAUGUACACUAGGAGAUUUUAUAUGGAUGAAACCAAAAACUGAGGAUGAUUCAUCCCGAGUUUAUGUUAUUCCUAACAAUCGUAUAACUCGACCAAUUUGUUACGUUUGUCAUUCUCGCUGUCAAUUCUCAUCCGUCCUGUCUUUUUUAGAAGAAAUAUUUUGUUCAGUAAGAUGCAUCAAAAAGAAGUUUAUGGAAGAGUCUGCGAUUGAGCUUGAUAAUGAUUAAUCUGAACAAUGUUUGUAACAAAC